CUUCAGCUAUCAAUCACUCCCUUCAUAGUUGUCUACCGUUCAGAUAAAGAAAAAUGUUAACUGUUGUAAUUCUUCUUUCUAUGUUGUUCUGUAGUGGCGUUCAUACCAAAAUUUACAAGAACUGUGAACUAGCUAAUGAGCUUGUUAAGAAAUUUGGUUUCUCCAAAGAUCCUGGAAGUUUAGGAAAUUGGAUCUGUAUCGCCAAACAUGGAAGUGGGUUUAACACCAAAGCCAAGGAGGGACCUCUGUUGGAUGGUAGUUACAAUUACGGUAUUUUUCAACUGAAUAGUAAAAUCUGGUGUGGCUCUUCUGGAUCUAAAAACCAAUGUGGAAUACCUUGUGAAGCACUUUUGAAUGAUGAUAUCAACAAUGACGUCAAAUGUGCUCUGAACGUUUAUAAACUGAAAGGUUUUGCUGGCUGGCUUUCCUGGACAAACAACUGUAAAAAUCGUGACGUCAGUAAAUACGUUAUUCCUUGUGAGAUGCAUCGGAGAACAUAUCUGAAUAGUAUUAUAAAACUUUAUAAAAAAAAACCUUUAAAAAUAAAUAGAAUAUAGAAUAUUACGAUGAUUUAGUUUUGGAUCACCAUUUAAAAUUUUAAGAGUGCAAUGGUUUUUGCUUUAACCAUAACCAAAUUUUGAAAUGUUUUCGAAUUCAUUUGUACGUUAGGUUACAAUAAAAUUUAAUCCAGAA